CAAUCAAAUAUGCAAGGAACAUAGGCAUUUUUUCUUUAGCAAGGUAAACAUGCAGCUGCUUGUUUGCAUGUCAGCUUUGAGCUCAGCCAGCUUUAGUCUUGCCAAGUUUUAUCUCAAUGAGUUCUCAAAUAUGAACAUUAUGAGACUUCCAUUUUAUCUUAAUAACUUCACUGAUGACAUGCAAAGUGAGGAUAGGUUCAAGGGUGUAAAGAAUAUUAACUUUAUUGAGAGAGCAUUGGUGCUGCAAUGGGCUGCUCUGACUUAACAUCUGAGAACAAACCAAUAGCAAGAACUUCAAAAUAAAAAAAGGCCUCUUUUGUGUGCCACUGCCCAAACUAGUAGAGAGGUGGAUUUUUGCACCUUGAUCUGCUGAGCCCUUCCGUCUCCAUGGCGGAGACCACCACCACCUCCUCUGCCCUGCGGAGGAUGGAGUCUGUCCGCCGCCACAUUCUCCCAGCAUCAAAGCCUGUCCUUCACCAGAAUCCAUUAAGCGCCAUGAGGUUGGAUCCAUCUCCAGUCAUUAUUGGGGGGAUGGUGCUGGACAUCCACGCCAAGCCAUCCAUGCAGCCACAUCCUGGGACGACUGUGCCUGGGAUGGUCAAGUACAUCAGUGGGGGAGUAGCAAGAAAUAUUGCUGAGUGCAUUUAUAAGCUUGAGACUCGAUUAUUCAUGAUAAGCGUUGUUGGAAAUGAUAUGGCAGGGGAUUUCCUAUUGAAAUACUGGAGGUCGGCAGGACUAAGUACAGAUGGAAUACUGCAGGUUGAUGAUGUAACAACCCCAAUAGUAUCAAAUGUAUUCGAUGGGAAUGGUGAAUUAAUUGUUGGCGUUGCAAGUGUUGGGGCAGUUGAAAAUUUUCUUUCUCCUAGCUGGAUAUAUCAGUUCUGUCUACAUAUCUCCACUGCUCCGCUACUAAUGCUUGAUGCAAAUUUAUCUCCUGAGUCACUUGAAGCUGCCUGCAAAAUAGCACAUGAAUCAGGAGUGCCUGUGUUUUUUGAGCCUGUCUCACUUGUGAAGAGUUCAAGGAUUGCACCAAUCGCAGAAUAUAUUACUUACACUUCGCCGAAUGAGAUUGAGCUUGUGGCAAUGGCAAAUUCACUAUCUGCUCCCAAGAAAUAUAGUUUUGUCAAAAUGGAGCAGUUCAAGAACAAAACGAAAGCUGUAGAUUAUUUGUUUAAAAUGCUCAAGCCAGCAAUGUUUUUUCUCCUUGAGAAGGGCAUAAAGUUUCUUCUGGUGACCCUUGGCUCAAAUGGUGUUUUUGUAUGUUGCAAAGAGUGCACGAGCUUGAUGAAGGUUCAACGGAAGUAUGAAAUGAUGUCUUUCUCAACUCCAGUACGCGAAAAAUUGGAGCAAUGUUUUCCAUCUAACAUGCUCAUAAAUUUGCCUAGAGAAGGCUCUUCCAGAACAUAUGUUUUUCAUUUGCCUGCGGUGUCUGCCUCAGUAGUUAGCCUCACAGGGGCUGGUGAUUGUUUUGUCGGUGGAGUGAUUUCAGCUCUAUGUGGAGGUUUGGAUAUGGUGCAAUCUGUUGCAGUUGGGAUUGCUACAGCAAAAGCAUCAGUGGAAUCUGAAGCUAACAUACCUGAUAAGUUUUCUGUUGCAACUAUUGCAGACGAUGCAAAAAGAACGUUGCUAUCGGCUAAAACGAUGUGGUGCCAAUGACCAUUCCGGUGUUAUUCGUUGAAGUUGCUAUGGCAAGUAGUGAAGAAUGUCACAGCAGAUGCCUGAGACUGUAAUGUUUGGCUGCUAGAGCUAAGCCAGCGUUUCUGCUGAAAACAUGGAUCUUACUGCUAAGCUCUCCUGCUGUGGCGCAUGCCGUCAGACAGGAAUUGGAUAAUGCAGUGCAAGAGAAGAGGACGCGGCACGAGCGAAUGAGUUUGGUAUUGCUUUCUUUUUCUUCUCUACCCAUGUGGUAGAAUAUUUCAACAAAAGUUGAAACAUAACAGGAAUUUGGCAGUUGCGGCAUGGUUGACUCCAUGUAUUUCGUAACCGCUCGUGGUGAUUUGAACCCAAAGCUAUUUACAAAUGAUCAAUGGUCAUAUUCCAUGAAUCAUGGAUAGAUUUUCUACAGAACAAACGUGCGGCUGAUUAAUACAGGGAACAAACGGACGGUCGAUUAAACACGGAAACACAAUUGGGAUUACCUUGGAUCUAUGGGGGGCGAUU